GUUGCUGCGGAAGACUCGGCAGCAGCGCAUUAACCAGGCAUUUUUAGUUGCAUCGGAUCGCCCAGGAUGAGGGCAGCGGAGGCUUGCUGGACUCGGACCCGCGCUUAUGGAGGCGCGCUUGGGGGGAGGGCGAGCGGUGGAGACGCCGCUUAGCAGUGCUGGCGGCGGGCGGACGGCGGAGCGAGGGGUGGUGAAGAGGCGGAGGAGGAUGAUGAUGGCUUGAUGAUUCGCCGCUUGGAAGACUCCUGCAGCCACCAUGAAUUCGCCCCCGCUCUGUGGGCGCUGGGAAGCUGCUCGCUAUUCAUUCCGCCUGCGCGAGUAGUAGCUAGUUAUGCUAGCGAGCUGGGAGAAGACUGGGGAAAUAUUAGUUAGUUAGGUUAGUUAGUUAACGCUAGCUAUCAAAGAUGGCAGCUACGUUUGGAGAUAAUGUUACCAGCGCGCUUCUGGCUUUGCUGGGAGAGUCCGAGUCCGGGGCGCAUAUGUGCCGCCGUUGCUCUUGCAGUGCAGCAGCAAAAGCAGCCAGACAGAGGAGCUAGCUAGCUAAUGAUAGUUAGGUAGGUUAGCUGAACGUUGAGCAACAGCAGCACCGCCAGAUCAGCCUGGUCAGUUCUCUGUCUCUCGGAGCGGUUUCUAUUCGCAUUCAGCUGCUUUAAAUACAUGGAGCUAGCUAGUUCCAGAAUGAGAGAAGGCAGACAUAACUGGCGCUUGGCUGCACACGUGGAGAGGGAGGGAGCGAAUGAAUGAGCGUAAGAGGGGAAGGAGGGAGUAGAAGAGUAAAACAUCCAGCUAACUAACGUUAACUAGAUCAUUCUUUAGAAAACAAAACAAAAACAGUGAGCACCAAGUCUCCGAGGAGCACGUUUGAUUUUUAUUAUAAUAUAUUUUUUAUUUAAACUCUUUAACUAGGGCUUUUUCAAACCAGCUCAGAAAAAAAACAGUUUCCAGAGGAAUCUCUCUCCAUGAAUGGACAGCGAGGCGACCCUGCUGUGGCUGCAGAUUGACGCACACAAAAAGCGCUCAGAAAGGCUGGAGGAAACAUGGCAGAGGCGUGCUGCGGCUUGGUGGUAAAGCCUGAAGCCGAGGACGUGGAUAUAGACCCGGACUUCGAGCCUCAGAAGAGGCCGCGCUCCUGCACCUGGCCGCUGCCUCGACCCGAUUCCAGCUCGGGCAAAGCAGAGCCCAGCGAGGCGGACAUCAUCCCGGAGGAAGAGGACGAUGAAGGGGCUCCGGACAGCAGCUGUGUGGUGGGCAGCGAUAGCUUGCACGCAGGGGACAUUCCAGGCUACCCACAGGGUACAGAGCUAAAAGGCAGCAGUGCUGCUGUUGCUAUUCCUGCACUAUUAAAGGGUAAUAAUGACAGUGCUGCUGCUGCUUCCACUGAAAACAAAGCCUCUCACGGCUCUCCUGUUAGUGUCCAGCCUCUGGCCCCUGCAGGCAGCGACUCCAGCCUCAGCAGUCUUGGGCCCCAGCAGCCCAGAAAAUCGUCUGCCCGCAGAAAUGCGUGGGGCAACUACUCUUAUGCAGAUCUCAUAACUCAAGCCAUAGAGAGCUCGCCCGAGAAGAGACUGACUCUGGCCCAGAUUUAUGACUGGAUGGUCAGAUCUGUGCCAUACUUCAAGGACAAAGGUGACAGCAACAGCUCUGCGGGGUGGAAGAAUUCCAUCCGACAUAACUUGUCACUCCACAGUCGGUUUGUAAGGGUCCAAAAUGAAGGGACAGGAAAGAGCUCAUGGUGGAUGGUCAACCCAGAUGGUGGAAAAGGGGGCAAAGUUCCGCGCCGGCGUGCUGUUUCCAUGGACAAUAGCAACAAGCUUAUCAAGAGUGCUCGUGGCCGUGCCGCAAAGAAAAAAGCUGCUCUCCAGGCUGCUCAGGAUGGGAGCUCUGAGAGUUCCUCCAGCCUCUCCAAAUGGACUGGCAGUCCCACUUCACGCAGCAGCGAUGAGCUUGACACCUGGACAGACUUCCGCUCCCGCACUAACUCCAAUGCCAGCACCAUCAGUGGCCGACUGUCUCCUAUUUUAGCCAACCUAGAGGUGGACGAGUGUCCUGAUGAUGACUCGCCCCUCUCCCCCAUGCUAUACUCCAGUCCCAGCAGCAUGUCUCCUUCCACUGGCCUAACGGAGCUUCCCCGGCUAGCAGGUACCAUGAAUCUUAAUGAUGGCCUCUCAGACAACCUAAUGGAUGACUUGCUGGACAACAUUAGUCUGACAGCUUCGCAGUCUCCAGGCCAAGAUGAUGGUGCCAGCUUACAAGGAAGCCCUGUGUUUACCUUCAACUGCUCUGGCAGCAGUCUUGGGGUUCCCUCCGGCAGCUACGGUCCCAACUCCAUGUUCAGCACAUCAUCCGUUACAGGCCUUCGCCAGUCGCCCAUGCAAACAAUCCAGGAGAACAAGCAAGCUAUGUUUCACUUCAGUAAGCAGAGUCUCCAAGAUCUGCUCAGCACUGAGCCACACAGCCCCAGCGAUGUCCUGCUAACCCAGUCUGACCCGUUGAUGUCACAAGCCAGUGCCUCCAUCUCCUCUCAGAGCUCCCGCCGCAGUGCCCUACAAGCUGGGCCUGGAGGGCAAGCUGGGCUCAAGAAGUCCUCCCUGUCUGGAUGGAGAGUGAACGGAGUCUUGGGGUCAACAUGUGAGUCAGACUACCAAAGCUUGAUCAAACAACAUCUCCAACAGUCUCCGUCCAGGAGCACAUCUAUGCAGCUCAGCUCUUCUGAUUCCUUGUUGUCAGGUCUCAAUGGCAUUGUGCCCUGCGUUCAGUCAACAUCUCAGGACAGAUUCUCCACUGACCUAGAUCUCGAAGUCUUUAGUGGGAGCCUGGAUUGCGACAUGGACACCAUCAUUCGCAAUGACCUGAUGGAUGCAGACGGCUUGGAGUUCAGCUUCGAUUCUCAUCUCAUUUCCAGUCAAAAUGCGAACCUGAAUUCAGGGAGUCUCUCGAGUACCAAACAAACCUCUUCCCAAAGCUGGGUACCAGGGUGACCAGCUAAGCACCUGGAAUGUAGUUAAGGGCAGAACAAAGCUUUAAACAGUCUCCUGUCCUUUCAAACUCUGUCCUUUGCAUAGGACCUGUAAAGUAUGCUGUAUAAUUGCUAUUUAAAAAGCUACUGGAAUGAGUUCAGUUCAAUAUACUUAUCUACACCGUUGAUAUUGUGAUGGAUUUGUGGCCAUAUGUUGUGAAUUGUCAUGAUCUCGAUGUGAAUAUGAUGCACAAACUAAUGGAGUGUGUACAGUUUAGACAUAUAGACGUGUUUGCAGUUUGACUUGUCCAUCACAGGACAAUGUCUAAAGGGACUUAAGAAAGGAAAGACUGUACUGCAGCUGAACAGUUCUCUAAAGGUUCCUGUUUAAUAAAUACAUUAAAACCCUGUUUUGUUCCUUAGCCGACUCUAUACAUAACUAGGCCUAGAGAAGUUUACUGUUAGUUUUAAAAUAUUAUUUGUAGCUGUAGUUUAGGAGUUAUUUGACUUUCUGAUCAUCACCUUGAUAGAAACACUUGUUAUCUGCCAAACUGGUCAUUAUUUCUUAGAUUGAUGGCCUGUUUACAACAUAAGCUCCAGAGAAUGUUGUUGUCUUCAACAUUAAUUAUUUUGUUCAGCCUUUGUUCUCAUUUGUAAACCAGAAAAAGGGAAGACAAUGUGUGUGUGUGAUGUAUCCCUGACUCAAUCCACAAAACAGUGAAAUGAGCUAUUUAAUGUGAUGAAUAAUCUUUUUUUCCUUAUUCUGGUGCACUGCAUUAAUGUUCUUUUAAACAGUCACAAAGGUGCAUUUUUAUUCAACUCAGUACUUGAUCCUGUGCAUUUUUCCAUCACCUCUAGCCUGACCUCAUCUAAAAGACUGAUCAUUUAAAAGUAGUUUUUGUGAUGUAUGUUGAAAUGCUUAGCAUAUUUAUUCCAGAGGUUAGAAGUAUACAAAUACAGGUAAGAUUUUAAAAACACUAAUGGAAUGCCACUACAACAAUUUUGUACAGCUGAGAAACCACCAUUUAUAAGCUUCUAAGGCUGCAAAGGCACACUUCAGCUUUUUAUUUGUACAUAUCAGCACACUGGUUGGUGCAUUUAAAAAGAGCAUCAUUUCUGCUCUGAUGGCAAUAUGCAGCAAGUAUCUUCAGUUCACACACCUGUUUUAGUAUUACAGACAAGUUAGGGUGUGUACAUGCACUGUAUUUUACACAGGUUGUUGAACUUACAAAACAAACAUAUUAGUUCACCAACACUGAGGCUACUGUUUCUGUUUAGUUGCAGUAGUUCCAUUCAGGGACCCCAGUCACUUGUUAACAUCACAAGUUCGCAGUUGUUUCGUUAUCAUGUUUGAAUGUAUAUUUGUUCCAUUCUGUUUCAGACCCAAACCCCCAGUAUGGUCACAUGCACUGAAACACAAUUUUUUCAUGAGCUGUGUUGAGUUAGGGUGGCAUUUACAUUGUUUACAUUGUUCCACUGUGCUAUUAAAACCAUACAAAGUAUUGUAAGUUGCUCACCAGAACUUUGCAUAUUUAUUUUAAACGUUUUUAUUUAUAGCCCUUUGGAAAAUGUCCCAUCUUUAUUUUGUGUUUUAAUACAUCAGUAGGAAAUUCAGACAAAUGCAGGGUAGAAAACUGAACAAUUACCUGUACCAUACACCUGAUAUGCCAUGACUUGCUGUAUUGAACCUAUUUAUCUAAUAGUUACACUUGAGUGUUUGCUAAAAUAUCCCUGUGCAUUACAAUUUUGAAUAAGUUAGGUAGUACAAGAUAUGGUGCAUGUAAAUAAAGCUUUGUACAGCACUAUA